AACACAUCUCUCGUAUUGCUCUCUCCUUUAGGGUUUCUUACAGGUUGAGAUCAUCAUCGUUUAGGGUUUUCAAAUGAUGCGUGUUUCAAAGAUCGUGUCUGUGUUAUUGUUGCCUGUAUUAAUAAGUAUAGUCAAUGAUAAUGGCGUUGAAGCAUCGCAUAAAGUGUUCAAGAGAUUUCAGUCUCUAUCUGCCGAGAGAGUGAGUCCUCUUCAUAGACCCGCCUUUCACUUUCAACCUCCUAUGCAUUGGAUCAACGAUCCAAAUGGUCCGAUGUACUACAAAGGCUUGUACCAUCUCUUUUAUCAAUAUAAUCCAAAGGGUUCGGUUUGGGGAAACAUUGUGUGGGCCCACUCGGUUUCCAAAGAUUUGAUCAAUUGGGAAGCACUUGAACCGGCCAUUUACCCUUCAAAAUGGUUCGACAUCAACGGUACAUGGUCCGGUUCAGCCACAGUUGUGCCGGGCAAAGGACCGGUUAUCCUCUAUACCGGACUCAAGAAGGACCAAACCCAAAUGCAAAAUUACGCAAUUCCCGAGGACCCAUCCGAUCCUUACCUGAGGAAAUGGAUUAAACCGGAUGAUAACCCGAUAGCUGUGGCCGAUAGAACCAUGAACCGGACCUCUUUCCGUGACCCAACUACGGCUUGGUUUGGCAAAGAUGGCCGUUGGAGAAUAUUGGUCGGUUCAAAACGCAAGCAUAGAGGAAUGGUUUACUUAUACCGGAGUAGAGAUUUCAGGAAAUGGGUCAAGGCCAAACACCCUCUCCACACCAAACAGGAUACCGGUAUGUGGGAAUGUCCCGAUUUUUUUCCGGUUAGCUUAACCGACCACAAGAACGGUUUGGACUUCAGUUACAAUGGUCCGAACAUCAAGCACGUGUUGAAGGUCAGUUUGGAUAUGACCCGGUUCGAGUAUUACACACUUGGAAAGUACUAUACCGAUAAGGACCGGUACAUACCGGACGGUUCAUCUCCUGACGGUUGGAACGGUUUGAGAUUUGAUUAUGGUAACUUCUACGCUUCUAAGACAUUCUUCGACUACAAGAACAAGAGAAGAAUUCUGUGGGGUUGGGCCAAUGAAUCUGACACUGUCGAAGAUGACACGAAAAAGGGUUGGGCUGGAGUUCAGCUUAUCCCAAGAACCGUAUUGCUCGACUCUAGUGGGAAGCAGUUGGUGUUUUGGCCAGUCGAAGAGCUCAACACAUUGAGAGGCAAAAAGGUCGAAAUAAAGAACAAGAAAAUCGACUACGGCCAACGUUUCGAGGUCCAAGGAAUCACCGUAGCACAGGCCGAUGUUGAAGUAACAUUCAAUGUUGGAAGCCUUGCAAUGGCUGAACCUUUCGACCCGAAGUGGACAAAUGCGCAAGACUUGUGCAACAUGAAGGGCUCGACGGAGAAAGGCGGCGUCGGUCCGUUUGGUUUGAUCACCUUGGCCACUCCCGAUUACGAAGAGUACACUCCCGUUUUCUUCAGAGUUUUCAAAGACACCGCCACGAAUGAGCUUAAGGUCCUCAUGUGUUCCGACGCCAAGAGAUCAUCUCUAAGGACCGACGACGGUACUGAACCGAAGGACAGAAUGUACAAACCGUCUUUCGCUGGCUUUGUGCACCACGUAGAUUUCGCAGAUGGAAGGAUCUCUCUUAGGACAUUGAUCGAUAACUCGGUAGUAGAAAGUUUCGGAGACAAGGGAAAGGUCGUGAUAACGUCUCGAGUGUAUCCGGAGAAGGCAACGACCGAGAAUGCUCAUUUGUACGUUUUCAACAAUGGAACGCAGCCCGUGACCGUGGAGUCUUUGAAUGCGUGGAGCAUGAAUAAACCCUUGGAGAUGAAUGAAGGAGCUCACUGAAACCUUUUCUCUUCUUUAUUUUUUUUUUAAAUUUGUUUCAGGAUUUAACUUUUGGGAUUUUUCGUUUUAUUUGGAUUUUUAAUUUGUAUAUGCCCUCAGAUUAUGUAUG